AGCUGGAGCACUCCAUCGUCUCCUCUGUGAAAACCAGGGCAAAAAAAGGGAAAAAAAAGGAAAUAUCAGCUGGAGAAAAAAUAAUGGAACACUGUCUAAAUGAAAAUUGUAACUCCACUUGCCCAGAAAUUCCUUAUCAAGAGAGUCAGACACUUCUGGUUGCUGUUUACAGCAUUGUUUUUGCAAUAGGCCUUCCAGCAAAUUGCAUAACUUCUCUGCUGGCAUUUGUACAAAUCAAAAGGAAUAUAGUAGUUGCCAUCUACAUUUUCAGUUUAUCAUUGUGUGACCUGAUGUAUUUAUGUACCUUGCCUGUCUGGAUUAUCUAUGUGCAAAAUGGGCACAAGUGGACCAUGGGUGACACUGCUUGCAGCAUAACAGGAUUCAUCUUUUUCUGCAGUAUCUACAUCAGCAUUCUGCUUUUGUGUUGCAUCUCUGUGGAUCGUUACAUGGCACUGGUGCAUUCUCUGGAAUCAAGGGGAAGAAGACAACAGAAAAAUGCCAUCAUAAUAGUUGGUUUUCUCUUUACUGUGGUUGCAGGAAUCCACAUGCCAGUAUUUUUUAUGGAAAAUGGGCAAAACUGUACAGAGGUGAAAACCUGCUUUGAGACAGUGCCCCUUAACUUAUUAUUGGCUUAUUUCAGCUGUGCUAGAUUCCUGUUUGGAUUUUUCAUACCCCUCCUGAUCCUGAUUUUUACAAACUGCAAAAUUUUCAGAGCUACGAAAAGAAGCAGCAGCUUGACUUGUCGUGAGAAAGCCAAAGUGAAGAAUGUUGCUAUUGCCAUUAUUACUAUUUUCGUGAUCUGCUUUGCUCCAUAUCAUCUGGUUCUCAUAGUAAGAGCCAUAUACUUUAUGUUUCAUCAGGACUGCCCAUGUCCAUUUGAAAAUAAGAUAUAUUCAACUUUUACAGCGUUUCUGUGUUUAGCCACUGCAAACAGCAUUGCUGAUCCAAUCAUCUACGUUCUGGUCAGUGAAAACGUCAGAAAAGACUGCUAUAGGAGCCUGAGAAGAUUGAGAUGGAACACAUCCAAGCCAAAUUCAUCCACCGAUCACAAUACUGACAACAUAAAGUUGGAAACGCUAAAAGAAUCAGAGGAAGAGGGCCAAAGAAAAUAA